AUGGGCUUUGCGCUCAUUGUAGUUCCAGAAAGCAUCCCUCAAGAUGGUCACGCUCGACCAGGUGUUCCUGCAAGAAAUAACUUGAGACCAGGUUUCGAAUCGAGUUCCAAUCUCGAAUCGUUCGCUCCGCAACCAACCUCACAAUUUGGAUUUGAAUCUAUGCACUCGGGAGCACAUGACGGUCAAGCACAUCUCGCUCGUACCUCGGUAGAUGUCCCGGGAAUAGCGCCACUACCUCCUCCACCACCCUCAGAAUUUUCUUCUGUUCGUUCCCCUGCUGUUACCCAGCCGCCGAAAGGUGGCUUUCCCACAUUGAUUCCUUUUGAGCCAAGUAUCGAUGGAGGUGCACUGAUUACAAAAAUAUCAGAAGAGGUUACACCGGAACCAUUUGUUCACUCCACCAUCAUUAAGCCAAUGAAUCAUCGAGUGCGGACUACUCCCGACCCAAGAAUUAUAAAACCACCGGACUCCUUGGUGAUCAUCGGCGAUUAUGACGAAGACCCUUCACCGAAUGAAGCAAAACAGAAGGAAUCUGCCGAGCCUAGUGAAGAAUCUAGCGAGGCUCGAUCAAUUCGAACGCUGCCUGUCGAACAUGGUGUCGUAAUGCCAAAAUCAUUCAUCUCUGAAGAGGCCGCUAUAGAUGCAAAGCACAUACGGGGAGAAUCAAAUGGCUGGAGGCAAAGAUAUUUAAAUGACCUGUCUUCACUCUUCGUGCAAACCGCAGCAUUGUUUCCAUCCCUGUCUACCGCUAGCGUCAUCCAUGAUGUUGGUAUUGGACCGUGCGGCGAGCUGGCCAUCCGCGCUACGAAUACGUCAGCCCAUCUGGUGGCGGCCUACAUCGAGAACGGCCUUUUCGAGGUCCAUUCCAGAGUUCUUAGUAUCCAUCUGUCGUCUGUCCUAGACCAGCUCAUCGAUGUUUUGCGUGAGACGUAA